AUGGUCUGUGCCGUAAAGCCCAGACUUGACCGCGACCCACCGCGGCCCACCGGGUUUCACGCGCAAGUCGACUUUGGCUCCUUUUUCUCAACCACCUGCAACGAGGAGAACGGAGGAUUGACCAUUGACCACGACCUCUCCGGGCCUCCAUCUCUGCUGGAAAAGCGUGCGGCGCACCAGAUCCUCCGCCCACCCCCACAUUCUUGCGAUCGGCCUGGCGCCACGAUGUCCAGCCCCGCGGACGAGCGCAAGGUCUUACACCUUCAGGAGCAGAGAGCGCAGAAGCAAUCGAACUCAGACGAGGUGACGCCCACCUCCGACGAUGACACCUUCGUGUCCGAACGUCACGGCGAGUCGGGCCAUCGCCUCAGAGUUGACACCUCUUACAAUGACGACAUGCCGCCCGCGAUGACCACGCCGUCGGCCCGUCGGGAACAAGCCACCCGCCUGGAGGACGAUCUGAUGCUGUUACAGGCCGAGCGUGUGGCAUCUCGAUCAACACAGGGCGAAGCAACUACUGAUGGCGAUCGGACUUCCAUCAGCCGGACGCGAUCGCGCCGCACUGAGAAUGUUGAUGAGUUUGACGUGGCGACAAACCCGCUACAUGAAAAGGCCGCAGUCUACACGCCUCCAGAAAACCCCAAUACUAAGCUCUCGGUAUUUAUCAAGAAGCUCCAUCAGUCCAGCUUCAUUGUCCGGUAUUUUACCUAUAUCGUGCCCGUGGUGCUGCUGCUGUUGAUCCCGCUGUUGAUCGGAGCUCUCAAGUACCCUAAUACCAGUAUCGUCGGAAAAUGCUUGCCCCCGGCCGUUAGCAUCGUCGCCAGCAUUUUUACCAACAACGCGAAGAAAUGGCGCGACAUGGCCAAGCAGCUCGAGAUUCAUGCUGCACUCUUCUUUUGGUGGCUUGGCGUGGAAAUUUCCUUCUUGCCAACCAUGAAAAACCAUCAUGUCGAUGGUGAUAAGGGAACCCGCAGCUGGGAAAGCACCCUGAACAAGAUCAUCAUCGUCAUUUUCGUGUGGACCAUCCUGAACUUGAUCGAGAAGAUCAUCAUCCAAUUGAUCGCCAUCAGCUUCCAUCUCCGCACCUAUGCCGACAGAAUCGAGAUCAACAAGUUCCAGAUCGGCAGCUUGACUAAGCUCUAUGACUGGUCGCGCAGCCGUAUCGAAGAAACUGACGAAGCUUUCGAGGAGAAGCAAGUGGACGAAACUCCUACGGGAACAAAGACCCCCCUACACUACGCCGGGAAAGCUGCUGGAAAGGCUCACCGAGUCGCUAAGGGCGCCCUUAAUAAAGCCGGUAAUAAGCUCACUGAUGUGGCUGGUGCUGUCGCGGCCGAUUUUACCGGUCGCAAGGCGGCCCACAGCAGCGAUCCAUACCAGGUCAUCCUCGCCCUGCUACGCACGACAUCUGGCUGCCAGGUUCUAGCCCGCCGUCUCUACCGUACUUUUGUCCGGGAUGGGUUCGAUACGGUUUUCUCGGGCGACCUCAAGGAAGCCUUUGACAACAGCGAGGAGGCUGAGGCUGCUUUUGCGAUGUUCGAUCGUGAUAUGAACGGAGAUAUCUCGAUGGAAGAGCUGGAAUCUGUUUGCGUGGACAUUGGUCGGGAGCGCAAGUCGAUCACAGCUUCUCUCAAGGAUCUAGACUCGGUCGUCUCCAAGUUGGAUGAUAUCUUCAUGUUCUUUGUCUUUGUUGUGGUGCUGAUUGUCUUCCUGUCACUGAUUUCUACUUCCGCCGCCGGUGUAUUGACUUCUGCUGGAUCCAGUAUCCUGGCUCUAUCCUGGCUAUUCUCCGCCACGGCCCAGGAACUUCUUCAGUCGAUCAUUUUCGUUUUUGUGAAGCACCCCUUCGAUGUUGGUGACCGUGUCACCAUCUAUGGUAACGCCGGUGAUGCUGGUCUCGGCGAUGACUACUUCGUUAAGGAGAUCACUCUCUUGUACACCGAAUUCAAGAAGAUGCAAGGUCAUGUGGUGCAGGCUCCCAACAGCUAUCUGAAUGGCCUUUUUAUUCUCAACCAACGUCGCUCCGGUGCUCUUGCCGAAGCUAUCCCCAUCAUCAUCAAGUAUGGCACCACUAUUGACCAAAUCGAUGCUCUUCGUCAGCGCCUGCUGGAGUUUGUGCGCAGUGAGAAGCGGGAUUUCCAGAGCAACAUCCUAACCGAAUUGCGUGCUGUAACUGAGAACUUCUCGCUUACUCUGAACGUCGUCUUCUUCUAUAAGUCCAACUGGCAGAACGAGGGUCUUCGUCUGCAACGCCGCAACAAGUUCAUUUGUAUGCUUAUGAUUGCUCUCCAAGAGAUUGGCAUCGAGGGCCCACGCAUGAACCUCCAGGGCGCGAAUGUGGACAUUCCCUUCCAUGUCAACUACGGCCAGCCCAUGAUGGCACCCACUCCCAAAGAAGAGUCUCGCGAAAUCGAGGAAGUGCCCAUCGGCGAAGACUCUGCAGGCCUUCACGAGAACACCGGUACAGCCACAGGAAAUGCUGCCCGACACCCAUCCAUUCUGCGCAAGGGCAUGAACACUGCCGCGGCGCGUGCUCGUGGCCAGUCCGCUUCGCGCAAACAUGUCGACUUUUCACUCGGCAUGUCCAAUAUGUCCGCCAGCGAUGUCAUGGGCGACGUCUUUGAGGAUCGAUCUGUGCGUGUCAACGAUGUCGUCCGCACUGCCAACCGAGAAACUCAGGAACGUCGUAUCCAGGAAGAAAUUGAAGAAGAAGAGGAACGCCGCAGUCACGGCUCUUCUUCACGUAUGUCCUCGCGACACCGCCGCCCGUCUAAUAUUAGCGCACCGUCCCAUGAAGGCCGUCCGUCCACGGAUGCCCUCAGCUUCCGCAGCGGUGCCUCAUCAACUCGCAACCGUUUCUUCCGUCACCGCAGCAGUGUCAGCCAUGACCAGGGCGACAUAAUGGAGCAGGGUCGCGUUGAUUCGCCGACUCCACCCCCGCCAGCGGUGAAUGCGCCCAAGGAGCACCCGUACUAA